AUGUCACACGAAGUUGGUUCCCCAAUCCGUCCACCAUACACGAUGGUAAAGGAAGAGAAUCGUCGGAGUUUCGGAAACUUGUCUGCCUCUGCCAGCAAUGUCAAGGAAGUGUGGAAGGAAGACAUCUCAGACAUUUACCAGAAACCUAAACCAGAGAAAAUAAUUUUUAACGCUCCUGGAAUGCGGGCGACGACCCUGGCCGAGAAUAUGAAAGCCUCAUCGACGAUGGUUGAGAAGGGGACUGAAGGAAAUCUAAAAGUCUAUCAGCUGCCGACAUCUGCGAUCGUGGUAGACAGGAAGGUGGGAAUAGGGAUGUAUAAAGUGGGACCGCCUUUCUUGACGAGAAGGGACGAGAAGCAAUGA